AUCAUUCCCAUGUUUCAGUAUAACAUGCUGUUUGAAGUAAAUUUCACACACAUGUUUUAGAAUUGUUCAUGAAUUGUACCUUGACAUUUCAGGUCAUUCUCCUUUGUAAGAAUCUUUAAUGGUGAAUGUGAACAUUUGGUCUGUACACACGGCUGUGGUAUGUUGUUCCAACAGCAUGCCUUUGACUCUGACAGACGCCUAAAACAUGCUGAGCAGUCAGGGGAGUUUGACAAGUGUGUUCCGAGAUAUUCUCUCACUUGCUGCUAUUCUUUCUUCCCAGUCUCUCAGUGCCACGUGUCCAAGUGAUAUGGGAGAAGUGUAUGUACGAGGGAAAACAUUUCUGUAGGUUGUGCACCGAGACAGCUGAGACAGCAUGACCUGGUCUAGUGGUCUGGCCUCAGCCUGGGCCUUCUGGACUGGGCAAGGAAGUGGAGACAGCGAUGUGAGGACAUUAGUAUCGAACCUGCUUUACGAGAACCAGAAACAAAAAGAUCAUCCCAACAAGAACUAUGCGGGAAAUGGCGUCAAGACCACAAAAUACAGCAUCUGGUCCUUCAUCCCUAUGAACUUGCUGGAACAAUUCCGCCGGGUAGCCAAUAUUUAUUUCGUGGGCUUGGCGGUGCUAAACUUUAUCCCAGCAGUGAACGCUUUCCAGCCACAGGUGGCCAUCAUUCCCAUUUGUGUCAUUUUGGCUUUGACCGCCAUCAAAGAUGCUUGGGAGGAUUUCAGACGCUACCAGAGUGAUCGUCAGCUCAACAGCAUGCCCUGCCUCGUCUACACCAGGAGCCAGCGGAGCUUUGUGGAGAAAAGAUGGAAGGAUGUACGGGUGGGGGAUUUUGUCCGAGUGCUCGCCAAUGAGAUCGUCCCAGCAGACAUCUUGCUCCUGCACACGUCCAACCCUAAUGGAGUGUGCCACAUGGAGACGGCCAACCUGGAUGGCGAGACCAACCUCAAGCAGAGGAAAGUGGUGCCUGGUUUCUCCAUACUGAAUACUCCAUUUGAACCACUAAACUUCAACAGCACUGUGGUUUGCGAGAAGCCCAACAACAACCUGAACAAUUUCAAUGGCUUUCUAGAAAAAGACAAGAAGAAGACAGGUUUUGACAUUGAGAGCUUAUUACUACGUGGAUGCACUGUCAGAAAUACAGCUCAUGCCUCAGGGAUAGUGGUGUAUGCAGGCCAUGAGUCCAAGUCCAUGCUAAACAAUGACAGGCCGAGGUACAAAUGUAGCAAGCUGGAGAGAAAGAUGAACAAGGAUGUGCUCCUCUGCGUGCUUCUGCUCUUCUGCAUGUGUCUCAUAGGAGCCACGGGUCAUAUCUAUUGGUUGGAGACUUUCCCUAGUAUCCCAAUCUACUUUAUCCCAGAAAGCGAUGGGAGUUUUAUCCAUCCAUUGCGGGCAGGGAUCUACAUGUUCUUUACCAUGAUUAUCCUACUGCAGGUGAUGAUCCCAAUUUCACUCUACCUGUCCAUCGAGCUGGUAAAGAUUGGCCAGGUGUUCUUCAUCACUCAAGAUUUGGACCUGUAUGAUGAGGAGAAAGACACUCGGGUCCAGUGUCGUGCUCUUAAUAUCACAGAGGACCUGGGCCAGAUCCAGCAUGUCUUCUCAGACAAGACAGGGACUCUGACUGAGAAUAAAAUGGUGUUCCGCCGGUGCACUAUAAUGGGAACUGAAUUCCCUCAUGAGGAUAAUGCGACACGAUUGGCCAUUCUGGCAGGGGAGACAGAUCAAGAUGAAGAGGUUAUUUACCAACAGAACAGACAGCCUUCUCUAUUUUCUCUGGAGGAGAUUCAGGAAGGCCCAGCAGGAGGCAGAGUGAACUCCAACACCUUUGCCAGGAGCAGAUUUCACAGGCCAAGGGUCAUAGCAAGAACCCCUGGAAUCCUCGCUUUCAGCAGCCCUCUGGAAACUGAGGUGCUUCCAGACCAGACAUUGCUCCAGCUAGUAAAAGAUGCUGAGUGUGGGAGGAAAAAUGCACACUACCUGGAGUUCUUCCUGGCUUUAGCCAUCUGUAACACUGUAGUGGUUUCAACAAAAGCGGCCCAGAGACAAAGGGCUAAAAGGCGACACAACUCUUCUCACUCUAGUUCGCUCGAGUGCAUGGAGGGCCUGUUGAGUCGAGUAGCAUCUCUUGGGAAGCUGAUCAGAGGCAAGAGAAGCACUUUCCCUGAGCCUGUACCUAUGGACCUCAUUGAAUCUCCUGCCCAUGAUGUCCCCAGCCAUAAUGAAUGCAGGACCAGUUGGGGGAGGGCCCGGACAGGAGGCAAUCUGUCUGUGAUAGAGGAUGUUUGUUAUGAGGCCCAGAGUCCAGACGAAGCAGCUCUGGUGCACGCAGCCAAGGCUUAUGGCUUCACCUUAAAGGAAAGGACACCUGAUCAUGUAAUUGUUCAGCUGCCUCAAGGAACACUGCUGAAGUUUGACGUGCUGGAUGUUUUGGCCUUUGACUCGACUCGGAGGAGGAUGUCCAUAAUAGUCCGUCAUCCUGAAACCAAUGAGAUUGUAAUGUAUACUAAGGGUGCAGACUCUGGCAUCAUGGAGCGACUGCAGAAUUCCUUUGAAGACAAAUCACACCUAAAAAGUGAGAGUAGAAAUAUUGCGUAUAAGACUCAGCAGGACCUUGACAUGUACGCUAGGGAUGGUUUACGGACCUUGUGUUUCACAAGAAAGGUUGUAAGUGAACAGGCUUAUAGGAACUGGUUAGUUAUGAGACAGGAAGCCAUGUCAGCCAUAGAGAGGAAAGAAGAGCUACUCAUGGACACUGCAGCAUACAUGGAAAACAACCUUACACUGCUGGGGGCCACCGGAAUUGAGGACCGUCUUCAAGAAAAUGUUCCAGAAACCAUCCAAGCCCUGAGAGAGGCAGGAAUCAAAGUAUGGGUGCUGACCGGGGACAAACUUGAGACAGCUGUCAACAUUGCCUACUCCUGCAAGCUGCUGGACCAGAAUGACCUGGUGUUCACUUUUAAAAUGGCGAACAAGGAUGUCUGUAGGACCAUGCUGAAUGGAGCUCUGAGUGAAAUACCGCGAUUUCUGGGUGAGAUGCCCAGAAUUGGGUUAGUGAUUGAUGGUCAAACCCUGGGCCUGCUCCUGGAUAAUGAUCUGCAGGCUCAGUUCUUGCAGUUAUGCCAACACAGCCACUCUGUGCUGUGCUGCAGAGCCACACCGCUGCAGAAGGGCAAAGUCGUCACACUGCUGCGUGACAGGCUCAAGGUCACGACUCUUGCUAUAGGUGAUGGUGCCAAUGACGUAAACAUGAUUCAAGCAGCAGAUGUCGGUGUGGGAAUAUCAGGCCAGGAAGGCUUGCAGGCUGUCAUGGCCAGUGACUUUGCAAUAUCUCGCUUCAAACACCUGAAGAAGCUUCUCCUGGUUCAUGGUCACUCCUGUUACACACGGCUGGCAAACAUGAUCAUCUAUUUCUUCUACAAGAAUGUGGCUUACGUCAACCUCCUGUUCUGGUACCAGUUCUUCUGCGGCUUCUCCGGCACGGCCAUGAUUGACUACUGGUUCAUGAUUUUCUUCAACCUCUUCUUCACAUCCACUCCACCCAUCAUGUUUGGCAUCAUGGACAGGGAGGUUUCUGCCCACAUGCUCCUCCACCUGCCUGAACUCUAUAAAAGAGGCCAGCAUGCUGGGGGAUACUGUCGCACCACCUUUUGGAUAGCUAUUCUAGAUGCCUUUUAUCAGAGUCUUGUUUGCUUCUUUGUCCCAUACUGGACAUACAAAGGCUCUGAUAUUGGCAUCUUCUUUUUGGGAACCCCCAUGAACACUGUGUCUUUGUUCACCAUCAUCCUUCAUCUGGCAAUUGAGAUCAAGAGCUGGACAGUGGUGCACUGGGUGAUCAUGGUGGGGAGUGUCUUGAUGUUCUUCAUCGUGACUCUGGCUUUCAGCGCCCUCUGCAUCAGCUGCAAUCCCCCCUCAGACCCAUACUGGAUCAUGCAGCAACAAAUGAAAGACCCUGUUUUCUACCUGGUCUGCAUUUUAACCACAGUUGUAGCACUGUUACCAAGGUUCACACUUCAUGCCCUGACAGGAACGCUAGUGCCCUGUGACCACCUCAAGGCGAGGCAGAUAGACCAACUACCUCCAGACCAACGGGACAUGUGGCUCCGAGAGUGGAGGAGCCUUAAAGCCCUGUGUAGCUCCUACCCCAGCCUGUCCUCCUCCACACGUAAACGCUCAGCUGCUGCUAGAGUCCAGGAUGCAGCUUAGUUCUUCAGCGCUCUCAACAAUAGUGUAAUGUACAGGAGAAUGUGAGCACAAGAACUGGCUUUAGUUUUCAGACUUCCUGAGACACAGAACAUUUGAUAACAAUUUUAUACUUUGGCAAACUUGAACUUUUGCCCAAGGCCAAGUGUGCAAGCGUAACCUUUCAUAGACAAAAGUGAAGAACUCAUGUUUAUGCAAAAAAAAAUACUUUAAUGCAGUGUUAACAACAUUGGGAAUUGGCCUCAGUCAAGGAAAUAACCCGAACAUCUUGGAGUCAUGCUUGUUUAGUGUCUGAAUCUGCUUCCUCCAGCCUCUUCUUCACUAACAAGCCUCAUGGAUUAAAAGUGGAAUUUGACUCCAAGCACAUCUCAGAGGUUCUUUCAAGCUCGGGGAGAAGUCAGACUAUUAUGCUGCACAUUCCACACUGGCCGAUCAAUGCACCACCCACAGUUUCUCAGCAAACACCUCAAAAUGAGCUGAUUUUCUGGACUUGGUGAUUUGAAGUGGCGUUGGCUUCCCUGUGAGAAACCUACUUUCACUGUGAGAAACCUCAUUUGUAUUCAGAGGCGCUUCGAGCUGCUCAUGAAAUAAUUGAGGUUUGCAGAUGUUACAUAAUAUCUUGGUAUUUUCAGUUCAUGAAUCCGUGUUGACAGCAUGCUGGGUUUGACGGUGAGAGACAGAAACACAAGUAUUGCAGCACAAUUUAGAAGCAUCUCUGACUUUUGUCAUAUUACUUGAUUCUUAAUUAUUUAACAUUAGAUUUGACUAGAUUGUGAGUGUGUAAGUGUAUGUGUGUGCAGGAAUACAAACACCACUUAAUUGUAUCUCUGACGUGUCUCUGACGUUCGUCUUUCUUCAAGGAGACAGUGAUGAUCCCAUACAAAUGGCCGCAUAGUGAGAUAAAGCUAAACAAAUCUUGGUCUUCUCUUCCACCUCUCGCUUAAGUGCCCUCUGUAGCUGAAGCUUGCAAUAAAAUGGGUCUAGGAGUGAUUGGAUUUGGAGAGCUCGUUGCAUUUUUAUGUAAUGAUGUCAGAGCCUGGAUGAGUGGACCAUUUUUGCCAUCUUGUGUUAGAUUGUUGAACUGCAAACUGUAUAUAUACUAGAGAGACAGGAGGAAGGGAACAAGAUGGAUGAUGUUUCAAUGUCAGUGGUAUAGCUUUGCAUUAAUAUAUCACAAUGUGUGUUAACAUUGAUCAGUCCAUUAAACCAGUAACCUCAAUACACAUAGUUAUUCUCAUUCUAGUAGAUAUUUAUUUAAUAUAAACUAUAUGGCCAAAAGUUUGCAGACACCUGACCAUCACAUUCAUAUUUGCUUUCUGAAUAACACAUUUCAGAUUUAGUUUCCCUUUGCUGUUGUAAUAACCUCCACUCUCCUAGGAAGGCUUUCUACUAGAUUUUGGAGCGUGGCUGUUGGGGUUUGCCCAUUCAGCCACAAGAGCAUUAGUGAGGUCAGGCACUGAUGUCAGGUGAGAAGGCCUGGGGCACAGUCAGUAUUCUAAUUCAUCCCAAAAGUGUUCAGUGGGGUUGAGGUAAGGGCGUUGUGCAGGACACUCGAGUUCCUCCACACCAACCUUGGCAAACCAUGUCUUCAUGGACCUCAGCUUGUGCACUUGGGCAUUGUCAAGCUGGAACAUGUUUGGGCCUCUUAGUUCCAGUGAAGGUAGAAUUGUAAUGCUACAGCAUACAGAGGCAUUCUAUGUAAUUGUGUGCUUUCAAUUUUGUGGCAACAGUUUGGAGAAGACCCAGACAUGGGAUUGAUGGUCAGGUGUCCAUAAACUUUUGGCCAUAUAGUGAAUAUUUCUGUGAAAUCAAACUGAUUGCUUAGCAAGUGAGACAAAUUUGUUAUGAAACACAUUAUUCAGCAUAAUACUUCAAGAAUAUACAGAAAUAUUAAUAAAAGUACAUAAGACUUGUUUUAUGUAACUCAACUUCAUAGUGGAUUUUAGUAAUUAGUAGUAGUAUGGUUUAGCUGAAUCAAAAAACGGGAUGAAGGAUCAGCUUUUCACUUUCAUAUAAUGAAUUCAAUAUUAUUAUUAUUAUCUUACAUUAGCCCUCAAAAGAAAAUUAUUUUAGCAGGUAUCGGACCAUUUUGUAUCUCUAAACAGACAUAUAUUUAUUAAAUAUGUGGUUACAUUUACAAAAUUAUCUGAUAAAUAAUAAUAAUAAUAAUAAUAAUAAUACUUUUUUUGCAAUAAUUUAAUUUUCAAUACAUGAACUCAAGUAAUCUGAAAAUGGAAAAACAUCAUGUCUGCAUGAAUCAGACAGUAUACAGAUUUCUUUCUGAAAUAUUUGUACUGCUACAGUUAUUUAAGAGCCUACUAGUGAAUCUACCAAAGAAGAAUGAGAUGCCAGUUGCAAACUUCCUGACACAUUUUUUUUUUCCAACAUCAGGACACUCUACUGGCCAAUAUUUGCUUGAGUUUGAAAAAAAUGAUGCCUUGUCAGCAUUGUGCAAGUGCAGUGUUGUAUUAAGUGUGUUGCAUUUACUGCUUCUGGGAGAUUUGGUUAUGUUCGUGCACUUGAAUAACCUAAUUACAGGGCUUAAAUCUAGGUGUCUAUCAAAUUUCUUAAAAUCUGAUAACAAAAAUCCAUUUUUAUAUGAUUUACAUGACCAUUAGAAUAAUCUAGUAAAAAAAUAAUAUAUUAGUAUAAUUAAUGUGAAUGCAAACACAUUCAUUAUACUUCAUAAAAUCUCUCAAACAACACUUUAUGUCUCUCUCUCUUUUUUAUUUA